UCAAACGUCCUUCAAACGUUCCCUAUCGAUUCCCGCGCGUCUGUAUAUUACAUCGCGGCUCGCGCCGAAGCAUGCUAGUUGCUUAGUUGCUAUCACGUCGGCAUCGUCGGAAGUGACGGUGCGAUCUUCGUAGGAUCGGGUUAGCGAGAAAACGCAAGUGAGUGCAACCGAAUCUGGAAUCCACGGGGGACGGAGAGAGAAUUCGAGAGAGCGAGCUGGCUCUUUUUUUUCCGGACCAAAACCGAAACACGCACGCGAAGCGGCCCCGCAAAAUGUCAACGGACAAUGACAGCAGAACGUGUUGCAAUCCGCGGCAGAACGGCGUCGUCCAACCGUUACUAACAGAUUUGUAUCAAAUUACCAUGGCAUACGCCUAUUGGAAGAGUGGCAAAAUGAAUGACUAUGCUGUAUUUGAUUUGUUCUUUCGCAAAAAUCCUUUCCAGGGCGAAUUCACGAUCUUUGCCGGUCUUGAGGAGUGCAUGAAGUUCUUGAAUAAAUUUCAUUAUUCCUGCAGUGAUAUCAAGUACCUGAAAUCAACUAUGCCUGCUACGGUAGACCAAAGAUUCUUCGAUUAUUUACAAAGUCUUACUGCAAAAGAUGUCACAAUAUAUGCUAUAGAUGAAGGCUCUGUUGUAUUUCCAAGAGUUCCAUUAAUAAGAGUGGAAGGACCAUUGAUAAUGGUACAGCUUUUGGAAACAACUCUAUUAACGUUGGUGAACUACGCGAGUUUAAUGGCGACUAAUGCGGCGAGGUAUCGGAUGGUAGCCGGGAAAAAUAUAACGUUACUGGAAUUUGGUCUUCGAAGAGCGCAAGGACCCGAUGGAGGAUUGAGUGCAUCUAAAUACAGCUAUGUUGGUGGAUUUGAUGGUACUAGUAACGUUUUGGCUGGGAAAUUGUUCAAUAUACCUGUAUGCGGUACACAUGCACAUGCAUACAUAACAUCCUUUACGAGCAUCGAUGAUUUGCACGGAAAAACAUUGCCGCACAAGCAAACGGGCGACGUUCUAGAUCUACUGGAGCUUGCCUGCAAGCAUCGUGAGACUAUCGCCGAUGAUUUAGGAGCUUUAGCUUCACAGGCAUCUGGUGGAGAAUUAGCGGCUUUGAUCAGUUACGCCGUUGCUUUCCCGGAAAGAUUCACCGCUCUCGUGGACACAUACGACGUUAAAAGCAUUGAGGCGUCGGCCAAGGGUCAGGCACAAGUGGCCAGCCUAAAUGUAAAGAAUAAACUUCUAACUAACGGGUCCAAUACACAUGCUCAAAACAGCGUGAGAAACAACCCAUUUAUAUCAGAAUCAACUACGCAACUUCACAAGAAUGGCUUUUUAAGACGCGGCGAAUUGGGUGAGCUCUAUGUGAGGAGCGGACUUUUAAAUUUCUGCGCUGUAGCAUUAGCUUUGAACGACUUGGGAUACAGAGCCAUCGGGAUCCGGAUCGAUAGCGGCGAUUUAGCGUAUCUCAGUAAUGUGGCGAGAGAUAUUUUUGAGAAAAUUGCUGUCAAGUAUGAUAUACCUUGGUUCGCGAAACUGAUGAUUUGCGCGUCAAACGACAUCAACGAGGAGACUAUAAUAAGCUUAAACGAGCAGGUAAAGAAUCACAAAAUCGAUUGUUUCGGAAUCGGAACGCAUCUCGUUACGUGUCAGAGACAACCAGCAUUGGGCUGCGUUUAUAAAAUGGUAGAAAUCAACGACGAGCCGAGGAUUAAGCUUAGUCAAGAGGUCGGGAAAGUCACGAUACCAGGAAGAAAGGACGCCUACAGAUUAUACGGCUCGGACGGCUAUGCAUUGAUAGACCUCUUGCAGAAAACGACGGAAGAGCCACCGCAAGUGAUGCAAAAAGUUCUUUGCAGGCAUCCAUUUCAACAAACAAAAAGGGCUAACGUUACACCGUCCCGAGUAGAACCUUUGCACAAGAUAUACUGGAAAGAUGGCAAACUAUGUCAACCAUUACCAGCAUUACAAGAAAUUCGCAACAGAGUACAAGAAUCGCUCAAUACGUUGCGUAACGAUCAUAGAAGGAACUUGAAUCCAACACCAUACAAGGUAGCUGUCAGCGAUACUUUAUAUAGAUUCAUAGAUGAGUUAUGGUCUCAAAAUGCCCCGAUUGGAGAACUACGGUGAAGCAUACUACUCUUAUACAGGAGUAUUGUUAAACUAGUCUCUAGCAAUUAUGAGUGAUAACACAGAAUCAGGAUUUAUAGAUAAAAUACACAAUAAAUCCUUCGCUAAAAGCAAUGAUAACGAUCACCGCAAUUGAGCAUAUAUAUGCGCAUCGUCAUUUCAUAUGAUUGCGCUGUAGAAUAUAUCAUGAAAGAACAAGGGUCCUAAAAACAUAUUUUUUACAAUUUCCAUUGUUGAAAAAUUCGAAUUAUAUUAUCAUCACACACACAAUCUAUUUUGAUAAAUUUUUCGCAAAUCAUGAUAUAAAAUAUAUAGUUUUACACAAUUUAUAUAGAACGAAUUAUUUCGUUGCAGAAAUCUAUUUACAAAUCUAUUUAUAUUUCGUAUCGCACACACAUACACAUGUACUUAUUCUCUUUUUUCUUUAUUUGUUAAGAAAAGUACAAAAUAGUACAUGUGUAUGCGUGAUUUUAGAUAUGCACAAUUCAAAUUCUCGAGUUUUAACAAUGAUAAACUUUCGAAAAUUAAUUUAAAUNNNAUAUAUAU